AUGCGCGACGACGACCGCGGCGGCCUCCUCGUCCCCCCGGACUCGACGCCCUCGAGCGGCGGUUACGUCGAUUCGAACACGCCGAGGAAGCGGAAGCGCAUCACGACGUACCCGCGCGACGACCCCGGAUGGCUCGCCCCGUUCAACGCGCUCGUGUUCAAGUACCCGACCGCGAUGUUCCUCCUCGCGAUGUUCCUCCUCGCGGCGGCGCCGGCGUUGAUGGACCACGGCGCGGUGGACGUGACGCGCGCCAAGCUCGGGUCCACGGACGGCGGCGUCGGCGCCGGGCGGUACAUGCCGCUCGUGCGCGAGAAGGAAGCGCGCGCGGGAGCGGACGAGACGACGACGACGACGGCGGCGGAGGCGGAGGCGGCGAGGCCGCGGCCGCUCGUUUUCGCCGCCGCCGACGACGACCGCGGCGGCGACCUCAGCGAGAAGAGCUCCCUGCUCGGGGAGAAAAACAAGCGCUCGUCGUCGGACGACUUCGCGUCGCAUCUCGAGGCGAUCCACGUCGCCGUGCGCGACGAGCACGCGGGCGGCGACGAGCCGUCGUCGCACGCGCGCUUGAAGGUGUUGGGCAUCUGCUGCCCGAGCGAGGUUCCGCUGAUUCACGGCAUCCUCGACAAGCGACCGGGCGUGCGCGCGGUCAAGGUGAUCGUCCCCACGAAGACGGUGCUCGUGGAGCACGCGCCGUCGGUCGCGAGCGCGGCGUCGAUCGUGGACGCGCUGAACCGCGCGCGGCUUCAGGCGUCCAUCGCCAACGUCGUCGGCGACGGGCGCGACUACGGCGGAAAGAAAUCCAAAUGCGCGGACGUCCCGCUUCCGCCGUGGACGAUCCUCAUCGCGUGCGCUCUGCUCCUCGUCUCUUUGCUCCACUACGCGGGCGACGAGGGCGACGACAUCUAUCACCUGCGGUGGCUCGCGCUCGUCGCGGUCGCGAUCGGCUCGCCGCCGAUCGUCCGGAAAGCGAUCGCGAGUCUCCGCAACGGCGUCGUCGACAUCAACACGCUGAUGAUGUGCGCCGUCGCGGGCGCGUGCGCGCUGCAAGAGUUCGGCGAGGCCGCCGCGGUCGUCGCGCUGUUCGGCAUCUCCGAGUGGCUCGAGGACCGCGCGAUGGGGAGGGCGUCGAGCGCGAUGGGCGCGGUGUUGGCGUUGCGGCCGGAGCGCGCGACGCGAGCGGCGGAGCCGGGCGAGCCCGUCGCCGCGGAGGACGUGCGCGUGGGCGAGGUCGUGCUCGUGAAACCAGGGGAGAAGGUCCCCCUGGACGGCGUCGUCGUCGCGGGCGGGAGCGCGGUCGACGAGUCCGCGCUCACGGGCGAGAGCGUCCCUGUGAAGAAGACGAUCGGGUCGAAAGUAUACGGCGGCACGGUCAACCAGGGCGGCGUCUUGGAAGUGGAAGUCACCGCGCUCGCGGGCGAUUCCGCGGUGGCGCGGCUCGUGCGCAUGGUCGAAGAAGCGCAAGCGCAGCGAAGCGACGUGGAGAGGGCCGUGGAGACGUUCGCGAAGCACUACACCCCGAUCGUCGUCCUCGCCGCGAUUUUACUCGCCACGGUGCCGUUCGCCGCGGGGGAGACGAGCACGAAGUACGUGUACAUCGCGUGCGUGCUCCUCGUCGUCGCGUGCCCGUGCGCGCUCGUGUUGUCCACGCCGGUGGUCGCGGUGUGUGGACUGACACGCGCCGCGCGCCGAGGCAUGCUCGUCAAAGGCAGCGCGCACCUGGAGAGGCUCGGAAAGUUGCGCGUGAUCUGCGUGGACAAGACGGGCACGCUGACGGAGGGCGCGUUCGCGCUCACCGCGGCGACGCUCGCGACGCCCGUGACGUCGGGCGGCGGCGUCGGAAAACCACCUCGCCCGGCGCUCGGCGCGGGCGCGUUACUCCGCUGGGCGUGCGCGCUCGAACUCCGCGCGUCGCACCCGGUCGCGAGCGCGAUCCUCGCGGGCGCGGGCGCCGCGGUGCGCGUCGCCGCGAAGGCGUGCGACGUCCGCGACUUUACCACCCUCCCGGGCGAGGGCGCGUCCGCGACGGUGGACGGGAGGCUCGUCGAGGUCGGCGGUCCCGCGCUCGCGUCGAGGCGCGGGUGGAUCGACGACGACGCCACGCUCGCGAGCGCGGUGGCGUCGUGGGAGAGGCAAGGCGCGACUGUGGUGUGGGUCGGGAUCGACGGCGCCGUCGCCGGCGCGUUGAGAUGCGAAGACGCGACGCGGAUCACCGCCGCGGGCGCGGUGACGCGGCUGAAAAAUCUUGGCACCGAGGUCAUCAUGCUGACGGGGGAUAACGAAGGCAGCGCGCAGCGGGUCGCGGCCGAGGUUGGGAUCGACCAGGCGAACGUUCACGCGCGUCUGUCCCCGGCGCGGAAGAUGGAGGAGAUCGUCGAGCGCGUCGGGGCGCUCGAACGCGCCGCGAACGCGCGCGGAUCGCUCCGGCGGCGGUUCGCGGGGAGAGGCACGCUCGCGAUGGUCGGCGACGGCGUCAACGACGCGCCCGCGCUCGGGGCCGCGGACGUGGGCGUCGCCAUGGGCGUCGCCGGCGCGGCCGCCGCGAUGGAGACCGCGGACGUCGCGCUGUUGACGAACGACCUCUCGCGCGUCGGCGAGGCUGUCGCCAUCGGGCGUCUGUGCGUCAAGAAGAUCAAGCAAAACAUCGUCUUCAGCAUCGUCGCGAAGGCGAUCGUGUUGGUUCUGUCCCUGAUGGGGUACACCGGGCUGUGGGAGGCUGUCGUCGCGGACGUCGGCACCGCGCUCGUGGUCAUCCUCAACGGGAUGACGGUGUUGAACGCGCGGAGCACGGAGCGCGCGGGGGAGGACCCGGGGAUGAUCGGCUCCGGCGGGAGCGUCGCCGGCGCCGCCGCGGGAAUUUUCUUCGGAGGGAAGGACGCGUGCGUCGCGAAGACGCACCACGCGCGGGAGUUCUUCCCCGCGUCCCCGACGCUUCAACGGCAACGCGCGGAGGAUGAGUCGCACGGCGUCGUGGACGUCGAGAUGGGGCUCGUCGCGGGUCGCGCGCACUCGCACUCGCACUCGCACUCGCACUCGCCGCCGAAGACGAAGGUUUUCGAUAAGAAUACGCUUCCGAAUCCGCCGCCGUCGCCAGCGACGUCGCCGACGAAGGCGUCAGAUCCCGCGACCGGCGCGAGUUCCUGA